UCAUAUCCACCAUGGGAACUCCCAUUCCAUGCUCAGCGCAAGAGGAGCACAUUUUCCGAAGCCGACAUCCGGCGGUUGUGGUGCCAGACAUCACACUCCCUGAUUUUGUGCUCCAAGAUGCUGAAUUGUAUGCUGACAAGGUAGCAUUUGUGGAGGCUGCGACAGGAAAGACGUUUACUUACGCUGAGGUAGUUAGAGACACUAGGAGGUUCGCUAAGGCCUUGAGGUCUCUCGGCCUAAGAAAAGGACAUGUGGUGGUUGUAGCUCUCCCAAAUGUUGCUGAGUAUGGCAUUGUAGCACUAGGAAUAAUGGCUGCUGGCGGUGUGUUUUCGGGUGCUAAUCCUACUGCACAUGAAUCAGAACUUAAGAAGCAGGCGGAGGCUGCAGAUGCUAAGCUUAUUGUCACAAAUGACCUUAAUUAUGGAAAGGUGAAGGGUCUAGGGCUACCUGUAAUCGUACUGGGUGAAGUAUGCAUUAGCACUGCCGUGAAUUGGAAUGAACUGCUUGAUGCAGCUGACCGUGCAGGCGAUACACUUGCUUAUGAGGAAGUCCUCCAGAGUGAUCUAUGUGCACUUCCAUUCUCAUCAGGCACCACAGGGAUGUCAAAGGGUGUAAUGCUAACCCAUCGGAAUCUGGUGGCUAAUUUGUGCUCCAGUCUCUUCAGUGUAGGACCAGAAAUGGUGGGUCAGGUUGCCACACUAGGCCUAAUUCCAUUCUUUCACAUAUAUGGUAUCACUGGAAUAUGUUGUGCCACCCUUAGGAACAAGGGGAAAGUAGUGGUGAUGGGUAGGUUUGAGCUCAGGACAUUUCUGAAUGCAUUGAUCACACAAGAGGUCAGUUUUGCACCAAUUGUGCCACCAAUAAUUUUAGCCUUGGUUAAGAACCCUAUAGUGGAUGAAUUUGAUCUCAGCAAGCUCAAACUCAAGGCUAUUAUGACCGCAGCAGCUCCACUCGCCCCGGAGCUGCUCACAGCCUUCGAAAACAAGUUCCCUGGCGUCCAGGUUCAAGAGGCAUAUGGACUGACAGAGCACAGCUGCAUCACACUCACUCAUGGGGAUCCUAGUAAAGGCCAUGGCAUUGCAAAGAAAAACUCAGUAGGAUUCCUCCUUCCAAAUUUGGAAAUCAAGUUCAUCAAUCCUGAAAACGGUCAAUCUCUCCCUGAGAAUACCCCUGGUGAAAUUUGUGUAAGAAGCCAGUGUGUAAUGCAAGGUUACUACAACAACAAGGAGGAGACCGCCAGGACCAUUGACGCUGAUGGAUGGCUGCACACUGGUGACAUUGGGUACAUAGACAACGAUGGAGAUAUCUUUAUUGUGGAUCGCAUCAAAGAACUAAUCAAGUACAAGGGUUUUCAAGUAGCUCCUGCUGAGCUAGAGGCUAUCCUCCUCACCCAUCCCUCAGUUGAAGAUGCAGCUGUCGUGCCGUUGCCAGAUGAAGAGGCAGGAGAGAUCCCAGCUGCUUGUGUUGUGAUGAGCAAAGGUGCCAAAGAAAGUGAAGAAGAUAUAAUGGAGUUUGUUGCCUCUAAUGUUGCUCAUUACAAGAAAGUGAGAGUGGUGCAAUUUGUGGACAGCAUACCAAAAUCACCUUCAGGGAAAAUAAUGCGAAGGCUUCUUAAAGAGAAGAUGGGGACUACCUCCAAAGCUAGCUAGCCAAUGAAACAUUGUCGAAGUGACACGGCCUUGUGGUGUCUUAAUUAUCUUUUGAUUAAUUAUGUGAGGAUUAAUGACUUGUUUCCCAUGAUAAUUAACUUAAUCCUUUUCCCUUCCAG